AUGUUCACCGGCGUCAACCCAAUCAAGCGAUUUUGCUUCCACUCUGUCUACACCCUCCUCUUCCUCGCUCUGUCUUGCUCCGCGGUGAACCAAAUCACCAGAGGCCAGUCGCUGAGGGACGGCGAUACUUUACUCUCCGUCGACGACAAGUUCGAAUUGGGCUUCUUCAGCCCGGGGAUUUCAACCUCCCGGUACCUGGGAAUCUGGUACCACGACGCCGCGGAGGCGGAUUCGUUAAUCUGGGUCGCGAACAGGGACCGACCGGUGCCCGAUCGGAGCGGCGUGCUGACCGUGGCCGGAGAUGGGAAUUUGGUGAUUUCUGAUGGGAAUGGGACGCGGGUCUGGUCCAGCAACGCGACGGCGAGGGUUGAGUCGAACGAUACAGUCGCGCUGCUCGCAGUCACUGGAAACCUAAUCUUGUCCCAAAACGACACCGUCGGGGAUGUUGAUCGUGCCUUCUGGCAGAGCUUUGCCAAUCCGACGGACACGUAUCUGCCGAACAUGAGAGUUCUCGUGGACGCUGCCGUAGGGGAAAACCACGCGUUCAGCUCGUGGAGAUCGGCCGACGACCCGUCGCCGGGGAAUUUUACCUUGGGGGUGGACCCGCGCGGGGCGCCGCAGAUUGUGAUUUGGGAGAACGGGAAUCGGCGGUGGCGGAGCGGGCAGUGGAACGGGCUGAUUUUCACCGGAGUUCCCAGCAUGACGACGCUGACGAAUUUCCAGUACGGGUUCAAAUUAACCCGAGAAGACGACGGCAGGUUGUACUUCACGUACAAUCCGGCAAACGCCUCCGCGCUCUUGCGGUUCCGAAUUGGUUGGGACGGGAUUGAGGAGCAGCUCCGGUGGAACGAAAGCCGGAGAAUCUGGGACGUGCUGCAGAGGCAGCCGGAGGAAGGGUGCGAGGCGUACAAUCGCUGCGGCGAAUUCGCGGUCUGUGACGAAUCGGGACGGCCAACGUGUAACUGUAUGGAAGGGUUCCGGCCGAGAAACCUAUCGGAAUGGAAUUCAGAGAAUUUCACCGGCGGAUGCCAGAGGAACACGCCGCUGCAGUGCCAGAGCAACAGUAGUAGCCAGACUGGGGGUGAAGAAGACGGAUUUCGAUCCAUACGCUGCACGAAAUUGCCGGACUUCGCCGAUGUUCAUGAGGGAGUCUCGCCGGAUUCUUGCCGUGAGAGGUGUUUGGACGAUUGUGAGUGUAAGGCUUAUUCGAUGAUCAAUGGGAUUGGGUGUAUGAUUUGGAGUGGAGGUUUGGUCGACGUUCAGCAUUUCGGCACCGGCGGUGGCAACGUUCUCAACCUCCGACUAGCUGGCUCCGAACUCGAUGAUGGCAGGAAGCUAUCGAUUCCUGUGAUAGUAGGCAUUGUUGUGGCAUCAGUGGUUGGUUUGGCCGUAAUAGUAUGGCUGUUCUGCAGAAUCAAAAGGAAACUUCAAGUUAUUCCAGCAGCCCCUUCUGUGUCAGGGACAAAACAGAAUGAGACUCCCAUGUUUGAUACUAGCAAGAGCAGGGAGUUUUCCUCAGAUCUUUCUGGCCCAGCUGAGAUCAUUGAAGGAAGUCAAAUGAAUCCUGCGGAUUUGCCAUUGUUCAAUGUCAACUGCGUAGCGAUUGCAACGAAUAACUUCUCAAUAGAGAACAAGCUCGGCCAAGGAGGAUUCGGCCCGGUUUAUAAGGGAAAGCUUCCGGGAGGUGAAGAAAUCGCAGUGAAGAGGCUAUCGAGAAUCUCCGGUCAAGGCGUGGAGGAGUUCAAGAAUGAAAUAAGCUUGAUUGCGAAAUUGCAGCACAGGAAUUUGGUGAGAUUGUUGGGAUACUGCGUUCAAGGAGAUGAGAAGAUGUUGAUUUAUGAGUAUAUGCCCAAUAAGAGCUUGGACUUCUUUCUCUUUGACCCAAGAAAGCAAGCAACUUUGGAUUGGGCGAAGCGGUUCACUAUCAUCGAAGGGAUAGCUCGAGGUCUGCUCUACCUCCACAGAGAUUCGAGGCUCAGAAUCAUUCAUAGAGACUUAAAAGCCAGCAACAUUCUGCUGGACGAGGAAAUGAACCCGAAAAUUUCAGAUUUCGGCAUGGCUAGAAUCUUUGGUGGCAACCAGAAUGAAGCCAACACAAAUCGAGUAGUUGGGACAUACGGUUACAUGGCGCCUGAAUAUGCAAUGGAAGGAUUGUUCUCUGUCAAAUCAGACGUGUACAGCUUCGGUGUAUUAGUAUUGGAAAUUGUCACUGGUCGAAGGAACACAAGCUUUCGCUCGUCGGAUCAUGUGAACCUCAUAGGAUAUGCAUGGGAGCUCUGGAGUGAAGGCAGAGCACUGGACCUCGUGGAUCCUUCGGUUCGAGGUUCUUCUCCUCAAGAAGAAUUAUUGCGAUGCAUACAAUUAGGGAUGUUGUGUGUGCAAGACAACCCUGUUCAGAGACCAACAAUGGCAGCAGUGAUGUUGACGCUGGAAAGCGAUAGCCCGAGCUUGCCAAUGCCGAGGCAACCGACUUUCACUUCUUCCAUGAGAGCUUCCAUUGACAGAGAUCUCUAUUCAGAAGGUCAGGAUAUUGUGUCGAAUGAGUUAACUGUCACAAUGGUUAUAGGAAGAUGAGUACAUAUGCAAUUGCAUAUGUUCAUCUCCCUUUUUGUUAGUUCUCAUUUCUUUUUUGCAUAUACCUAUACAUGUAAAUUGUUUAUUCUGAUUGAUAAUACGUAGGUUUUCAUUAGAUUUCUUGAUGUAAAGACAUUGGUUUAUCACAGACUUGGUAUGAUGAGGUUUGAUUAUGAGGCGAAAUUAUGUAUUCGAGGGCCACAACAGUUCACCUUGGAAGAUUGGAUUUGUGUUGUUGUGCACAAAGGAUGAACACUUCGCAACUAAUUUUAUUCAACAAAUCAUUUUCUGUACAAUGGCCUUCUUUUUUUGUAAAUCGAAAGGUAGGA